AAAAAUUCUCUCUCUCUCUCUCUCUCUCUCCUUCGAAGUCUCCCUGAUUUCCAUCCUAUUUGGCUUCUCUUUCUCUCUCUUUUCCCUUCAAUCAAUCGCUGUGUUCAUCUCAGGCACACGACUGCAAAGCAAUAACCACCAAAUAUUAAAAACCCUAAUUUUACACACAGUGCAACACACUUGAGGGAAAAUUGAGGAAGAAAAAUCGGUUUUUUUCCUCCCUUCUUCUUCUCUCUUUUUGUUUCUAAAACUUUGUUCUUGAGGAAUUAAGGGCUGGGAUAUAUGUCCUUCAAUCAAUCAAAGUCCGAUAAGAGCGACGGUGUGUACCGAAAAUCUGGGCGAUCCGCCAGCUUCAAUCAGCAGCGAGGUUCCUCCGGCGGUGCGUACGUUAAGGGUGGCGGCGGCGCCGGGCCUUCACCGUCACUCUCCUCUAGCCGGAGUUUUCACAAGAAGUCUAAUAAUAAUGCACACGGUGGGCAAUCUAGGGUAAACCCUACCCCAGUGAAUUCAGCUGAGUCUAAUAGUGCUUCUGCAGCCCGGACAAUACCGAAUGGUUCACAUGUACAGCCUCAAUUUCAUGGAGGAUCCGAUGCACCGGUUACAAAUGCAAUUGCCAAACCUUCUGAAUCAUCAGCUGCACAGAGGAGCACCAGAAUUGUUCCAAAAGCUCCUACUUCUCAACCUCCUGCCGUGAGUUCUGAUCCAGCAGCUCCUACAACCCCUGCUAAGGCCCCAGGAGAUGCAUCCAAGACGUUCCCUUUCCAAUUUGGAUCUAUUAGUCCUGGCUUUAUGAAUGGGAUGGCAAUUCCUGCUCGCACAAGCUCUGCUCCUCCUAAUUUAGAUGAGCAGAAGCGUGAUCAGGCUCGUCAUGAUUCUUUUAGACCCGUGCCUUCGGUGCCAACAGCUCCUGUUCCAAAGCAGCAGCCAGUGCCAAUACGUCCUGCUCCAAAGCAGCAGCCAGUGAGGAAGGAUACAGGUGCCGCUGAUCAAUCUAACCCUGGGGAGACUCAUACAGGGUCUAGGGCAAAAAAGGAUACUCAGGCAUCCACUUUACCCCCAGCAAGCCAGAUGCAGAAGCCUUCUGUUAUUCCUCUAACUGGAAUUUCAAUGGCAAUGCCAUAUCACCAGUCACAGACAUCUGUACACUUUGGUGGUCCUAAUCCACAGAUUCAAUCACAAGGAAUGUCAAUGGCAUCUCUUCAGGUGCCUUUAUCAAUUGGAAAUGCUGCACAAGUGCCACAUCAGGUUUAUGUUCCAAAUCUUCAACCUCAUCCUAUGCAUCCUCAAGGAAUCAUGCAUCAAGGCCAAAACAUGGGUUUCACUCCUCAAAUGGCUCCUCAAUUGCCCCAUCAGUUAGGCAACAUGGGUAUUGGCAUCAACCCACAAUAUCCCCCGCAGCAAGGAGGAAAAUUUGCUGUUCCUCGUAAAACUACUCCUGUCAAGAUAACUCAUCCUGAUACGCAUGAAGAGCUUAGACUUGAUAAAAGGGCAGAUUCUGGCGUGCCUUCUCAAUCUCAGCCUGUCCAGACAUAUGCAGCUUCUCAUGCUAUUAAGUACUAUCCAUCAAGUUCCUCCAGUACCAGUUCAGUCUUUUAUCCAACUCCUAGCUCUCUUCCAUUAACAAGUAGCCAGAUAACUCCCAACUCUCAGCCGCCUAGAUUUAAUUAUGCAAUGAGCCAUGGUCCGCAAAAUGUUGGUUUCAUUAAUUCAUCGUCUCACAGUUCCCUGCCUGUUAAUAAAGCUAGCACUCCUAUUCUUGAACAGCCUCAUCCGGAAUUUUCCCGCAAUACAUAUCAUGCAUUCUCAUCAGCUCCAUCAGCGGUAACUUCUGUGUCUAUUAAGCCAAAUGGUGGGUCUGGUAUUGUGGACUCAUCAUUUGUGAAUUCCAGUAUUUCUGGUGCUCAAAAGAGUGAAUCUCCUACUUUUGCAGUAGCAUCUGGUGAUACUAGCUCUUCAGUGCCAACAAAAGGGUCUGAAACUUGUUCUGAAAUCUCUACACAACACUCUAAGUUGUCCAGUGAUCCUUCAGUUUUGAGCUCAUUGCCAAAAGUAUCUGUCGCAUCUGGUGAGAAGCUUAUGUCAAUUUCCUUGUUGCCUUCUACAUCUGCUGUGAGUGAGGAUUCUGUUUCAGUUAUGUCUGAUAACGAAGGCAGAAAGAAGGAAUCUCUUAGUAGGUCAAAUUCUUCGAAGGAUAAUCAGAAGAAACUACAGAAGAAAGGCCAGUCACAGCAUCAGGUUACUGCACAAUCUCCUGCUGUGGCUAAUGUGCCUUCCCAAGCUGUUGAUGGUGGUGUCUCUGAUAGUGGAAUUUCUGAAACUGUAGGAACUAAGACAAACUAUUCUGUAGCAAUCACCAGUGAAGAUCUCUCAGCAGCAGCUUCAGUCACAUUAUCAACUACCAAUGGGAGCAUACCUUGUGCUUCUGAAGUGAAGACCAAUGGUUCUACACAAGUUUCUGCUUGUGCUUCAGCUGAAGGAAUUACUCAAGCUGUGGAUAGUUUGAACAAUCAUAAGAAUGAUGAGCUAUAUGAAUUAUCACAACAGGAUAAACUGUUAAAGCAGAAUAUUUUGGAAAUUGAUGGUAAAACUGAAAUUUCAUCUCUUCAAGGAUGUAAACAAAAUAUUAGUGAUGGUGGAACAGACUUCAAACAACCUAAGCAAGGCGCUGCAAAUUUAAGCACUGAGGCUGUAACCUUGAGGACUGUACAGCGAGGACCGGAUGAAUCUACAAGUUGUAGUGCAGAAUGUGACAGGAUGGCCGGUAAUUUAGGCAUGUCUGCAUUGGAAUCUGGAAAUUUCUCUUUAAAUAGAAAUGAUGUAGUUAGUAAUGAAGCUGUUUCUACAAAUUCUGGCCCAUCAGAUCAGCAGUCUGUUGAUCUUCCAGAAACAACUUUAAAACAUUGCCAGGAUAGUUCAGAGAAUGCUGCUAGUGGCUCAGUGUUUCUUCCAGCGUCAGGUACCAAGGACAGACCAAUAGAGCCAAGUAAGGUGAAAACUACAUCAAAGGGGAAAAAGAAACUAAAAGAGAUUCUUCAGAAAGCAGAUGCUUCUGGGUCAACAUCUGAUCUUUAUAAUGCAUAUAAGGGACCUGGCGAAAAGAAAGAAGCUGUUGUAAUUUCAGAGAAAACAGAAAGUGCUUCUACUUCUGGAAAUCUGGAGCAGUUGCCUACGGAUGCUGCUCAGCCAGAUGUUUUAGCAACUGAGCAAUGUGGGCAGAGUAAAGCUGAACUUGAUGACUGGGAGGAUGCUGCUGACAUGUCUACACCAAAACUAGAAGUUUCGGAUAAAAGUCAACCAGCUAGUGAUGGAAGUGAAGUUACUGCCAAAAAGUACUCCCGAGAUUUCCUUUUGAAAUUUGCAGAGCAAUGUACUGAUCUUCCUGAAGGGUUUGAAAUCACGGCAGAUGUUGCUGAGGCUUUGAUGAGUCCUCAUGUUGUUGAACAUGAUUCACAUCCUUCUACUGGAAGAAUUAUAGAUAGGCCGGGUGGGAUGCUUCGGAUGGAUCGUCGUGGGAGUGGUGUUAUCGAGGAAGACAAAUGGAGUAAAGCUGCUGGUGCUUAUAAUUCCAGUAUGCGCAUGGAUAGUAUUGGAGGUAAUGCAGGAUUUCGACCGGCCCAAGGAGGCAAUUUUGGUGUUCUAAGAAAUCCACGCAUGCAAACACCUCUGCAGUAUGCUGGGGGGAUUCUUUCUGGGCCAAUGCAAUCCAUGGUAAAUCAGGGAGGAAUGCAAAGAAGUAGCCUUGAUGGUGAAAGGUGGUUGCGUUCUCCAAGCUUCCAGCACAGGGGUUUAAUUCCAUCUCCUCAAACUCCUUUACAGAUGAUGCACAAAGCUGAGAAGAAGUAUGAGGUGGGUAAAGUGACAGAUGAGGAACAGGCUAAGCAGAGGCAGUUAAAAGCUAUUUUGAACAAGUUAACUCCUCAGAAUUUUGAGAAGCUUUUUGAACAGGUAAAAGCAGUUAAUAUUGACAAUGCAGUCACUCUCACUGGUGUCAUAUCACAAAUAUUCGAGAAAGCCUUGAUGGAGCCCACCUUCUGUGAAAUGUAUGCCGAUUUCUGUUUACAUCUGGCAGAUGAGCUGCCUGAUCUCAGUCAAGACAAUGAAAAGAUAACUUUUAAAAGAUUAUUAUUAAACAAGUGCCAGGAAGAAUUUGAGAGGGGUGAAAGAGAGCAAGAAGAAGCUAAUAAGGCUGAUGAGGGUGAGGUCAAGCAGUCUGAUGAGCAAAGAGAACAGAAACGAACCAAGGCUAGAAGACGCAUGUUGGGUAAUAUCAGAUUGAUUGGAGAACUUUAUAAGAAGAGAAUGUUGACAGAGAGAAUAAUGCAUGAAUGCAUCAAGAAGUUAUUGGGGCAGCAUCAGGAUCCUGAUGAAGAAGAUAUUGAAGCUUUGUGCAAGCUGAUGAGUACCAUUGGGGAGAUGAUUGACCAUCCCAAAGCCAAGGAACACAUGGAUGUAUAUUUUGAAAGGAUGAGAUUAUUAUCAAACAACAUGAAUUUAUCUUCUAGGGUGAGGUUCAUGUUGAAGGAUGCCAUUGAUUUGAGAAAGAAUAAAUGGCAACAAAGGAGAAAAGUUGAAGGUCCAAAGAAGAUUGAAGAGGUGCACAGAGAUGCUUCCCAAGAGAGGCAGGCCCAAGCUAGUAGGCUGGGUCGUGGUCCAGGCAACAAUCCAGCAAGAAGGAUCCCUAUGGAUUUUGGUCCAAGAGGGUCAUCUAUGUUAUCUUCUCCUAAUUCUCAGAUGGGUGGACUUCGUGGGUUGCCUACUCAAGUUCGUGGGUAUGGUUCUCAGGAUGCUCGCAUGGAUGAAAGGCAAUCUUAUGAGCCUAGGACAUUGUCAGUUCCCUUGCCUCAAAGGCCUUUAGGUGAUGAUUCAAUAACAUUGGGACCCCAGGGUGGUCUUGCUAGAGGAAUGUCCAUUAGAGGUCCACCUGCAGUUUCAAGUUCAACUGGUCUUAAUGGUUAUAAUAAUUUAUCAGAGCGCACUCCAUACAGCUUUAGGGAUGACCUUGCAUCAAGAUAUGCUCCGGAUAGAUUUGCUGGUCCAACUGCUUAUGAUCAAUCAAGUGCUCAAGAGCGUAACAUGAAUUAUGGUAGCAGGGAAUUGAGGCAUGCAGAUAGGAUUCUUGAUAAACCUGUUGUAACUUCACCUACUGCUCGAGUGCAAGGGACAGCAGUCUCCCGGAACCCUUCUUCAGAGAAGGGUUGGCCAGAAGAGCGACUGCAGGACAUGUCCAUGGCAGCAAUCAGAGAAUACUAUAGUGCUAGAGAUGUGAACGAAGUUGUUUUAUGUGUCAAAGAUUUGAACUCUCCAAGCUUCCAUCCUUCCAUGGUUUCUCUCUGGGUCACAGACUCGUUUGAGAGAAAGGAGACAGAGAGAGAUCUUUUGGCCCAACUGCUAGUCAACCUUGUGAAGUCUCACGAUGGCACCUUGAGUUCAGCCCAUCUCAUCGAAGGGUUUGAAUCUGUUCUCAGCACUUUGGAAGAUGCGGAUUAUGCCCCCAAAGCAGCAGAAUUUCUUGGCCGUAUUUUUGCCAAAGCGAUAACAGAGCAUGUAGUCUCUUUGAAAGAGAUUGGGCGGUUGAUAUAUGAUGGUGGAGAGGAACCUGGCAAGCUCUUACAAGUUGGACUUGCAGCUGAUGUUCUUGGAAGCACCUUGGAGGUAAUCAAAAUGGAUAAGGGUGAUGCUGUUUUCAUUGAGAUCUGCGCAAGCUCCGGCUUGCUAUUGGAGACUUUCCGGCCACCGCAUCCGAUCACAUCAAAGAAGUUAGAGAAAUUUCUUUAGAGGAUAGAGAGAUGCUUAUAGAGGGGGAUUUUAUUUAUGUAUGGUGUUUUGGGAUAUACUCAAAUUUGCAGAAAUGGUUUUCUCCAUUGGGUGGAUGGGGAGAAUUUUAUGUGGGGAUUUGUGUCUAAAUACUAUUUCUGCAAUUAUAAAAAGGUUCAGUUAAGCAUCAGAAAAUUUAGGCUUUGUUAUAUACUGUCUGUCAUGAGGGGUUUACUUUUUCAACAGUCUUGUAUCAUUCAACUGUCCAUGAUAAUAUACUGGCAUAUUGAUCUGCGCCAUAUCAUUGUGUGUACGUGAAGGCUUCCAUAGUUUCGUCAAAGAAUGUGUUGUAAAUGGGGAAUGUAGUUAAGCACAAUGCUA